UCUAGAGUCUGUAGCGAAUGGUCUGGCCGGUAGUAAACUCAGGAAAUGAUGACUGUAUAAUUAAUCCUCGAAACCGUCCCAGGAGUGAACCUGUCCUGUUCCCCCAUUUAACAAAUGAAUAAAGUGAGGCGCAGAGAAGUUACAGGAUCUUGCCCGAGGUCACACAGCCGUGAAACGCAGAAUCCCGUGCUUGAACCUCCGUCUCUUUGGCUCCAACACUACAGUCAGUGCUGGAAGAGGAUCGCGCCACCCGCUCGACUCCAGAGAAAACGCUACGCCAAUGAGGUGGGGGAGGCCUUCCGCUCCCUGGUGCCUGCAGCUGUCGUGUGGCUGAGCUAUGGUGUGUCCAGCUCCUACGUGCUGGCAGAUGCCAUUGACAAGGGCAAGAAAGCGAGAGACGCACCGAGCCCUGAGGCAGGCCGCAGCACCAGGGUGACCGUGGCUGUGGUGGACACCUUUGUGUGGCAGGCUCUGGCCUCUGUAGCCAUCCCAGGCUUCACCAUCAACCGUGUGUGUGCUGCCUCUCUCUACAUCCUGGGCACUACUACCCGCUGGCCUCUGGCUGUCCGCAAGUGGACCACCACCGCCCUGGGGCUACUGGCCAUCCCCAUCAUCAUCCACCCCAUUGACAGGUCGGUGGACUUCCUCCUGGACUCCAGCCUGCGCAAGCUCUACCCCUCAGUGGAGAAGCCCAGCUCCUCCUGACCCCACCCUGGUACCUGGCCUGAAGGUUGGCCCACUCCCUGCUCUGUUCCAACUCCUUCCUCCUGCCAGGGGAUAGAGAUGCCUGGCUCCCUGGGGUCCGAGGCCCUGGCAUCUGAAUGCGUUUAAGCUGAAUGAAAAUUGAGAGUCAAAGACCUUAGAACAGCAGCUGCAGUGACUCACAGACAGGACCUGAAUUCCGUCUGCUUCCAUGGAAUCUGUGAUACUGAGCCAAACUGGACUCUUGAGUGGGUCCAGCCCUGUCUCUGACAGGAUAAUAACAUCCUCCCAUGGAGGGUAAGGAGACUGAGGCCCAGACAAGGCCAGGAACAUGGCCAAGAUCACUUGGCAAGCUGGGGACCCAGGACUCCCAACAGCUCAGCCCGGUCACCCCACGGCAGCCUGGCUGACGGAGGAGCACAGGCACUCGGAGAAAUGCAGCAGUACACUAGUGGGAACCCUGAGGACUGAUUCUCUGCCAGCCCCUUCCUGGUGCAGGGGCUGCUGGGGCCUGGCUGGAAGGCAGGACAGCCCCCAGUCCAAUAAAUCCUUAAGAAGUUGA